AUGUCUGGCUCACGACAGCAGCCUGGACUGGCUUGCGAGGAAUGCCGCAAAAAGAAACUUCGAUGCGAUAGGCGACGGCCUCAAUGUGACCAGUGCGAGGACUCUGGUACAGCGUGCCUUGUGAAUCAGGUUCGCUCGCCACGGGGUCCCAAGAAGGGACAUCUCAAGGCUUUGCGUAAUCGCAUUGCUACACUGGAAAGUAUUAUAAAUCGUGACCAGGGCAGCCUCGGUCUCAAGGAAGUAUUGGACGGCAGUGAGAAAUAUCACUCCAAGGAGACAGUUCAAAUUCUUAGCCCACCUCAAGAUUAUAUCCCCAAUUCUACAAACGUCGAAUGCCGUGAUAUCACAUAUUCCAUUGAAACAUCAACAAUAAACUCACCUGUUACUAUUACACCAAUGACCCCCCUGAUCAAGAGAAGUCAGAUAUACUCGAGGCAGAUCUAUCAGCUAUAUUUUGACAGAGUACACCCUGUCGCGCCGAUGCUCCACCAAGGCCGGUACUUCUCCUGGUCACAGAUAUUCAACAAACCACCUUCUCACAUCUGCUUGCAACUUGCAAUGUGGGCACUAGCAGCAGCUUCAUCUGCCCAUUUACAACACAUGCGAGAGUCCCUCUAUACCCGUGCGCGGUCCGGGAUUGAGGCUCUAGAUCACGAUAUUGAAUCUAGUAAUGCGGCCUGUCUCCAGACAGCCCAAGCAUGGCUUCUUCUAACUCAUUAUGAGUUCCGCUACAUGAGCUACCGUCGAGCUUGGUUUACCGCAGGACGCGCCUUUCGAAUUAUCCAACUGGCCAAACUCCACGAGAUUGAUCGGCUUAAUGACGUUACCGUAAACAUGGCACACCCCGAAGCAUGGGCCGAGGCCGAGGAAAAUCGACGGACAUACUGGCUGGCCUAUUGUCUCGACCGCUUCCUCAAUAUCUCUGACGAUUGGCCUCUAAGUCUACACGAGGAAGCACUCUGCAUAUAUCUUCCCGUCUCCGAAUCGGAUUUCCAGCACAGCAGACCAGUCUUUAUGGACUCCUUAUAUGACGAGAUCGAGACCUCCGGACAGAAAAUGCUGCCGCCUUUCGCGGAGACAAUCGUCCUGGUCACGCUAUGCUGGCACAGCGUUGCAUUCCAGCGCGCUGCACACGGUGACAAAACAUCUCCGAGCGACGGAGAUACCUGGAAGCGCCAUACUAGCCUGUACCAAAUGGUACAACAGCGGCUGAUGCUGAUCUCGCUACCCCCGUCCGCGCCCGAACUCCACGACCCUAUGCGUCUCUUCACAAACAUGCUCGCCAAUGCUGCUGUGAUAUGGUUCUACAACAUAAUGGAGACCCUGCAAGUGGAAAUUGAAGAUGAGAUUAUCCUUGUUCCACUCUACUCCGCGUACGAAAUAGUAGGUUUGGCGAAGCCGCUCACCCGAUCCAGCUUUUUCAAGGCGCAUGCGUUUUCUCCCAUGCUACUCUAUCUCUCGGCAAAGUUUCUCAAGGCACAUGCUGAUCAACUGAGUACGUGUAUCCCCGCGUCGGAGGAAAAACAGCAGAAGUUGGAGGAUUUGAAAAAGGCCUUGCGGGUUUUGCAGGGUGGGAAUAAUUUAGCUAUGAGCUACUUGGAGCUGCUCGAUUCGGACUCGUUUCAGAAAUUGUGCAACCUGUCGACUGUCCAUGGAUGUACUAUGUCUGAAGUCACAGAUCAGCAGGAGCCACCUUUCUUUUUGGAUAUCAUGAAUCUUUUUUAG